CCAUGCCCCGUGUUUUUGCGGUGAAGGUUUGGGGAUGUGCAAUUCUGUUGCUGUGAUCACUUUACUGUAAUUAUGUUGAAACUAAGCUGCUGACAUUGAAUUCUUGACAGCUGUAGUGCGCCCCCCGCAGGCCAGACCCUAUACUGACCUGCAAGUUACUCUCAUUACUGUAGCUGCAGUGACAGCCGUAAUACACACAACAAUCAUGGCGGAAAAUGAAACCCUGGAGUGUAUAACGGAGCACGAGCGGAUUUUACAGGAAAUUGAGAGCACCGACACAGCUUGUGUUGGUCCCACUCUUCGGUCUAUUUAUGAUGACCAGCCAAAUGCCCACAAGCGUUUCAUGGAAAAGUUGGAUGCCCGGAUAAGAAACCAUGACCGUGAGAUUGAGAAGAUGUGCAAUUUCCACCACCAAGGCUUUGUGGAUGCCAUCACAGAGCUCCUCAAAGUCCGCGCUGAUGCAGAGAAACUUAUGGUUCAAGUGACAGACACUAAUCGAAGACUACAAGAAGCCGGGAGGGAGGUGACAGCCCAGACAGAGGAGGUGAUUCGCUGUCGCAUCCAGCAGAGAAACAUGGCCACCACUGUGGAGAAGCUACAGCUCUGUAUACCAGUGCUAGAAAUGUACAGCAAACUAAAGGAGCAACUGGAGUCCAAAAGACAUUAUGCUGCAUUGAAAACCAUGGAGCAGCUGGAGAAGGUCUACAUCCCCAGGGUCAGUCAGUACAGGUUCUGUCAGAUUAUGGCUGAAAACCUGCCCAGACUGAGAGAGGAGAUCAAGGAAAUCUCCAUGUCAGACCUCAAGGACUUCCUGGAGAGCAUCAGAAAACACUCUGACAAGGUUGGAGAGACUGCCAUGAGACAGGCACAGCAGCACAGGACUUUUAACAGUACAGUUGCCAAACAGGCCAGUAUGGGCCACUAUGCCAAGCCUUUGUACUCCCUCAAUGGACGAACACAUACUCACAACGGCCUGAUGGAUGAUGACACAGGAGAUGAGGAGGAAGCGGAGGAAGAGAUUCUUACGGCUCAGGACCUGGUGGACUUCUCACCUGUCUACAGGUGUUUGCACAUUUACACUGUGCUGGGUGACCGGGAAACAUUUGAGAACUACUAUAGGAAACAAAGGAAGAAACAGGCCCGACUAGUUCUGCAGCCACAGGCUAACAUGCACGAGACAGUGGAAGGCUACAGAAGAUACUUCAAUCAGAUUGUAGGGUUCUUUGUUGUAGAGGACCAUAUCCUCCACGCCACGCAGGGGCUGGUGACCAGAGCUUUCACUGAUGAACUGUGGAACAUGGCUCUGUCUAAGAUCAUCGCUGUGCUCCGCACACACUCUUCAUACUGUGAUGACCCAGACCUGGUCCUGGAGCUAAAGAACCUCAUAGUCAUCUUUGCUGACACACUACAGGGUUAUGGUUUCCCAGUGAACAGACUGUUUGACCUGCUGUUUGAGGUCAGAGACCAGUACAAUGAAACUUUGCUGAAGAAGUGGGCACUGGUUUUCAGGGAGAUCUUUGAGUUGGACAACUACAGUCCCAUCCCAGUAGAGACAGAGGAGGAGUAUAAACUGGUGGUCAGCCGCUUUCCUUUCCAUGAUGCUGAAAUAGAGAAGCAGGACUUUCCGAAAAAGCUGCCAAUGUCCCAGUCGGUCCCUCAGAUCUACACACAGGUCAAAGAAUUCAUUUACGCCAGCCUCAAGUUCUCAGAAUCACUGCACCGCAGUUCAACAGAAAUCGAUGACAUGUUGCGAAAAUCAACCAAUCUACUGCUGACAAGAACGCUCAGCAGCUGUCUGCAAAACCUUAUCAAGAAACCCCACAUAGGACUGACUGAGCUGGUGCAGAUCAUCAUUAACACCACCCACCUGGAGCAGGCCUGCAGGUACCUUGAGGAGUUUAUAACAAACAUCACCAAUGUCUCUCCCGAAACAGUUCACACAACAAGACUCUAUGGCUUGUCCACAUUCAAGGAUGCUCGUCACGCUGCGGAGGGAGAGAUUUAUACCAAACUGAACCAGAAGAUCGAUGAAUUUAUCCAGCUAGCAGACUAUGAAUGGGGCAUGGCUGAGUCAGAUGGCCGUGCCUCCGGAUACCUCAUGGACCUGAUCAACUUCCUGCGUUCCACUUUCCAAGUCUUCACACACCUCCCGGGUAAAGUGGCCCAGACAGCUUGUAUGUCAGCCUGCAAGCAUCUGUCCACAUCACUGAUGCAGAUGCUGCUGGACACAGAACUCAAACAAAUCAGUAUGGGGGCCAUUCAACAAUUCAACUUAGAUGUCAUUCAGUGUGAAUUGUUCGCCAGUUCUGAGCCAGUCCCUGGAUUUCAAGGAGACACGCUUCAGCUGGCCUUCAUCGACCUACGACAGCUCCUGGACCUGUUCAUGGUGUGGGACUGGUCAACUUACCUGGCAGAUUAUGGUCAGCCAACCUGCAAAUACCUGAGGGUGAACCCAGCCACUGCCCUGGCUCUGCUGGAGAAAAUGAAGGACACCAGUAAGAAGAACAACAUCUUCUCUCAGUUCAGGAAGAACGACAGAGACAAACAGAAGCUGAUAGAGACUGUGGUCAAACAGCUGAGGAGCCUGGUCAACGGCAUGUCCUCCUAAACACACACACACACACACCGGAGUCAUGUGUGUCACAACGCGAUAGAAAGAAUGGAACAUGCAUGCAGUUACGUGCACACACUGAACUGCCAAGACAACACACCACUGACACACACAGGGAAUUUGCACACACAUUGACACACAAAAGGGACAGGCAGUCAGUUUGCAUACAAACACAUCACAUGAAGGCACAGCAAUACACACAGUGUACAAGGCAUGCAGGGAACACACUCCUUGCAAAUGCAGCACACACACACACACACACACACAAACCAAACUUAAUGCUCAAUGUAAAUAACAGACACACAUACUAAACUGCACUCUUCACAGGAGUGAACAGUAAAAUGUUUGUAAAGUGUAUUUUUAAUGGCUAUGAUAAGACAAACUAUGUUUUAUACAUUUGUGAGAGUGUAAUGAUUGUAGCUGCAGAGGGACACUGGUGCAGCAGAGGAAGUGACACAAGUACUGGGACACUGAGUUAAAUUGUCCCCAAUAGCUUCACCACAGGUGGAGGGGAUAAACCAUUUCCUGUUGUCCAGUCAGAAACCCAUAUUAUACAUUCAACAUCAAGACAUGUUAGAGCACUUUUUUCCUCCCUGGAUGAAGAUGGAAUGUAUUUCCUGGUAUUUAAUUCUGAAAGAUCACAACAUUGAUAUGUUAAACUGAACGGGCUAUUGGUAAUCUAUUAAUCAGGUUAUACUGUUAAAAAAAAAUCCUAUAUUUCUGGUUGUGGAAGCUAUAGCUCAAUAAUGACUAAUCCAGCCAACAUCUCCACUUAAUCCAACUGUGCAACAAUUUAACAUGGCUCACAAGUUUAAUGCAAGGAAAAAACAUAGUGUGUGUGUGUGUGAGCGAGAGAGAGAGAGAAAGCUCUAUAAUAAGAGUUUAACACAAUUGUUCCCCACCUGCUUGAAAAUGCAGAUGUGUCUGGAUUUUAAACGUAGUUUAAAAAAUGAGAAACCUGUUGAUACCUUCUGAAACACAG